AUGCCCACGUCCAAGGAUCUAAUCCGCCGCUCCAGGGCGAAGGUGAGUUCUGUCCUCCGGAAGGUCAGCUCUACCACAUCACAGUUACUACGCCACCAUUCCUUCCAUCAUCGAAAUGUAUCUCCCAUUGCGAGACUGGUCCAGGAAGCGGCAGCAGCCAGCCCAAGCAGUUCUGUUACCGCUCCGACCCCAGACCCAAUUGAGGAACCUGCAACAACGACAACGAACGCUCAUGCUCCAAUCCCAGCCGCUGAAACGGUGACCCAAGUUGCUGUUGAAACCACAGCUCCGCAAGUAUCAGGAUCAAUUUUGCGUUUUGUCGACACCAAUUACAUUGAUGGUUCCAGUAUUGCGGAUGUCUCGUCUACCGAAUCAUCUAAUGAUGAUGAUGAAUCCUCUCAAGAGACAUCUGGCCAGCGUGGCGGUGCAACCUCCGGCCCAGGCCUAUACUAUAGAGAAUAUACGUUCCUGAACCAACGGCGGGCGGCCGACAACUUUGCCCUAUGGCCCAUCGAGUCAGAACUGACCUUGAUGAACCAAGCCCAGCCUCGGAACCAAGAUGGCCCGUCCUCUAUACCCCUAGUACUUGAUACUGUUCCAGCAAACUCCCCGGCCUCUGGCAUUCUUCAGUCCGAGUCUGCUAGAACGGGGUCUCCUCUCCCAUUGGCCUCCAGACACGGUCCCAAGCCAAGUGUUAGUGACGACGUCAAUGCGCAAAUCUUUCGGCCGAGGUCGUCAAUUUAUGCCAGACCCCCAACACCAUUCCCUCGGCUGUCUGAUAUUUUGGAUGCUUCUUCUGCACCACAGGUGGUAGCAUCCAGCAGCUGUGGCGAGGCAUCCUCGUCGAAAUGGAGCCAUCGUACGCCGGCAAUUCUGGGCGACAACUUCGUUUUGACAAGUGGCCUAAUCGACCCGUUUGUGGAACAGGGCGGUUCUUCAUCAGCACGGGUUUCAGAGGCUGGUCCUCGAUCUGUACAGUUGCAAGAGCGUACUCUUCACACUCCGAGUCCGCAGCCUAGUCUUAAUAUUCCAGACCCAAGACCUACUCUUUACAUUGACAGUCCACAGCCUAGUCUCCACAUCCCAGAUACACGGCCUACUCUUAGUCUUGAGAUUGACAGUGAGAUUGACAGUGAGACUGACAGUGAGACUCACAGUCCACAGCCUAGUCUCCACAUUCCUGAUCCACGACCUACUCUUCACAUUCCCAAUCCAUACCCUGCUGCAGAGUCUCCACCACGUCGCUGGUCUGACUUUAGCUCGGACGAGUUCCCCAGUGCUGAGAGCAAACAUCUUGUGCGCGUCAACUCGGAAGAAUGGGAGCUUCAACCUAACAAAGGAAAAGGGAAAGAGCCAGAGCGUCGCUGGUCAGACUUUGACUCAGACGAAUUCCCCAGCACGAGAAGCAAGCAUCUCGUGCGUGUCAACACCCAAGAAUGGGAACUCCAACCAAACAACGACAAAGGGAAAGAGAACGAGCGCCGCUGGUCAGACUUUGACUCUGACGAGUUUCCCAGCGCCGAAAGCAAACAUCUUGUGCGAGUCGGUUCUCAGCAAUGGGAACUCCAGCAUGGACGUCCUCGACCCCAACCCCAAGGUCCAGCGGCAGCAGCAGCACCAGCUCCCGCACCCCUGAAUCAUGAACAUCGUCCCGAGCACAUCUCAACAAUCAACAUCAACGACCCGGAAGGCUACGGCCACCCAGUCGUCCCCGGCGCCCUAGCAGGCGACUGGUCUCUCCCCAGCAGCAUUCAGAGCGAAGGCCAACACCUCCGCCACAUGGAACGGGGCCUGUUCGCCGCGCAGAACGCUCUCCCUGCCAUCAGAGGACUACGAUACGCAGUCGACCGGGCGGCGACCGAUUUUCAAGCACUAGCAUUGGAGAACCAAGCUCUGCACGGCCAGGCUGCCGAGUGGCAGUUCAAAGCGACCCGCGUCCUUGAGCCUGAGCUGUUGAUGGCGUGGGAGGCUUUGAGACACCGGGAUGCGGAAAUUGACCGAUUGAGACGAAUCAUUGCGCAGACCUCAGAUCGAAUGGCAUCGCGUUCCGAUCUCAAUGUCAAUGACACGGCCGCCGACUUCCAUUACCAAGGUCAUCAUCUAUACAAUGCUAAUGCCAACGCCAACGCACCAGGAAAUACUCGCGCCCGGGCGGCGACUCCUCAGAAUGCAAAUGCAGGAAACACAACUGCACCACGUACACCGCCAAGUCAAAUCUACGGCUCGGCGCAACUACAAUCUGUAUACUCUGAGUCUGAAUGGGAAGACGUCAUUGAGACGGACUCGGAUGACAUGUACGGCCCUUGA